UCGAACCUCCUCAUCAUCCUUCCGUUCACCGUCCCCAUUAUCACAGUAUCAGCGGGACCAGUUCUCUACGCCGGUUGCCAAGUGGGUUGCGCUGGCGCCGUUAUGGCUUGCUACUCCGCCGCUGGGUUCACCUGGGGCGCCACCUUAGGUAUCACUGCUCCAGCGACGAUCAUCGCGUGCAAUAUGGCCUUUGGAUCUUGCCAGGCGGGGUGUGCCGCGGCGCUUUUGAUACUUACACUUUGA